CCUCGUCGCCCCGCCCCUGAGUGGCUCUGUGGAUGCCGGUGGCGGCAAUCGCGCCAGGCGCUUGGCGCUGAGGAAAGCUUUUGAGCCACGGGCCGAGUUCCUUUCGCCGCCCGCUUUCCCCCCUCUGCUGGGCGGGCCUGAGGGCCUCGCAGAGGGAGGAAGAGGAGGAGGCAGCGGCGUCCGAUGGCGGCCGACGUGGAGUCGUCUCUGGAGCUGAGUCUGUCGAGCAGCUACGCGGGGCCCGGGUCUUUGCCGCCCGCGCGUUCCCGCAUUUUCAAGAUCAUCGUGAUCGGAGACUCCAACGUGGGGAAAACGUGCCUCACCUACCGCUUCUGCGCGGGGCGCUUUCCCGAGCGCACCGAAGCCACUAUCGGGGUAGACUUCCGCGAGCGAGCCGUCGACAUCGACGACGAGAGAAUCAAGAUCCAGCUCUGGGAUACAGCAGGACAAGAACGUUUUAGGAAGAGCAUGGUGCAGCAUUAUUAUAGGAACGUACAUGCAGUUGUGUUUGUAUAUGAUAUGACAAACAUUGCUAGCUUUCACAGUAUGCCACUGUGGAUUGAAGAGUGCAAGCAACACUUGCUCACCAAUGAAAUACCCCGGAUUUUGGUUGGAAACAAAUGCGAUCUAAGGAAUGCAAUUCAGGUGCCUACAGACGUGGCUCAGAAAUUUGCUGACACUCAUGGUAUGCCACUGUUUGAAACUUCUGCUAAAAACCCAAAUGACAAUGAUCAUGUGGAAGCCAUAUUUAUGACAUUGGCUCAUAAGCUAAAGAGCCACAAACCACUCAUGCUUAGUCAGUUACCAGAUAAUACAAUUCACUUGAAACCAGCAUCAAAACCUACUAUGACAUGUUGGUGUUAACUUACAGUACAUUUGGAUUCAACAUUGUAUUCUCUUUGCCAGUGCUUUAAGAAUGUGCAAUGUUUUGAUUUAAUAAGAAUUAUCUUCUGCUGUGCACUUUAUUCAGUCGUUUUAUAUGUAGAAGUUUAGUAUGUGCACUUGGUAAGCUGUAGCAUCUAAAUAAUGAUAAUGUUUAGGGAAUUAUUUUUGUUUUAGGGAAUUUUUUAAUCUGCAAAUAUAUUGUUUUACAGAAAACUUGGUCUCAGUUUUGAGAGCUUUUCUCCAAUACAGUGUGGAUAUUUUAAAAAUGUAUUAAGUCAACUCUUUGCCUUUAUUGUUCAGUGUAAGAAUACUAUUUUUCUAAGGAGGCCCAAAAAUCAGUUUAAAAUUAUAAUCCUAGUUAUUUGGUACACAGUUUUAUGAAAAUAAAAUGGAAGAAAGGCUCAAUAUGAAUAAAGUAUUCAAAAAUUUUGCCCUUAAUUUCUUUCCAUUUAAAUUUUUCAUUAAUUAAGUUCAUUAAUUUUAAAAAUAAAUUAUGUACACUGACUUUUUUCUAUUUUAAUUUCUGGUUGUAUUGCUUUUGUUGAAUAUUCUGAAAACUUUCUGAGUGCGUGUGUGAACAAAUGAUGUUUAUUUUCAUAGUGUUCCACAUAACUUACAUUUUUCAAGGUAAGAGGAAAAGAAUGUGAAUCUCCUGCAUAUUAUUGGAAAUAAUACUGGAAAUUGCAACUUAUUUUUCUUGUAAGUUGGUUACAUUGCUCUAGACUAGAGGCACAGCUACUAGUAGGGAUUCCACUAGGUGCAACAAAGGUUUUAAUUAGAUCACUCAACUUUGCUUCACUGGCCUUUUGCCUUUUUCCUCCCCAAACCUUCUGUGGAGCAAAACUGGAAGCUAGAAGAAUGAAGUAAAAAGUAAGCAAUCCACACUUUGAAAAAGCCUUAAAAUACUAUCUUUUCUCUAUUUAAUUGACUUUGUAUUACAAACUUUUUGCAGUAUUAGUGGUAGACAUAUUAUGUGCAUCCAUCCUCCUAACAAGCCAAAACAUGAGCCUUGAUUUGAAGAUAAAAAACUUCAAAAUUAAAGGAUUUAACACUGCAGAAUCCAUAGCACAUUGAAUGAAUCAUAAAUAAGUGCUAGCCAAUAUUGUCUGGUUUCCAUUUGUUUUAAAAUAGUUGAAAUAUCAACAUCAUACAAAGAUACUGCUGGUUAUAUAAUUUAACAAUUAAAAUAUGGAAGAGACAGCAUAAAAUGGGGGGGGAGUUUAUGUAAAAUUGGUGCUCAGAAAUUGCUGAAAGGGCUCUUAAAACUUUUAUGACAUUGUUUUAAGGGGUUUCAAUGAUUUUGCACAUAAACACUCCUAGCAAAUAUUGAAGACAUGAGCAGGCAUUCUGAUGAUCAUUGCAUAAGUUGCACAACUUUAAAGAUUUUUUUUUUUUUGGCAGGCAGAGAUCAUGGUGCAUACUUUCAGCUCAUUGCUUAAGCAGAGCUUUAGAUUUUUAUAUAGGUCAUAAGUAGAUAUCGACAACUUUCUGUUAAAGUAGUCAUUUGUAUAAGUUUUUAUUGGUUAGUUAGAUUUAUUUAUGUAUAUUUUUGUACAGUCACAAAACAGUUCUAGGAAAAAGACAUUCUCUUGGUUGAAAUCCAACAAUGCCCAGACAGUUUCUUGCUGUUCCUAGACAUUCAGUAGGCUUGUGCAGGACACGUGCAAAUGAAAGGUCCAACUCAUCUCAACGACUAUACUAGACACUGCUGCCCUUUGUAGGAAUAUAUGAUUGAAUUUCAUUGUUGUUUAUGAUACCUCACUAACACACUGUGCUUGACUCUUAGGAAAACAAAAAACCAUUUAUACAUCAUUAUGCAUUUGUACUUUUCUUUAAUUCAAAAGGAAAACCAAAGCUAAUAAUAAUUGGAGUAGUGCUUAUUAUCUGAACUGUUAACAUGUACAGCAUUAGAAAUUUGGCCCAAGGAGAGGAGCUAUUCUUUUAAACAAAAUGUUGUUGAUUAAUUAGUUACGAUUAUGUUUUAUUAAUUGGUCCAUCUGUAAGUGAAUUGUGUAGGGAUUUAUUCCUGUCCAUUCAAUAUGUUUAAUGGGUAUUAUAUUUAAACUUAAUAGAACUGAUGUUCUGUUUGUCCUGUGUGUUCAAUUUUGGGUUAGAUUAAUGUUUUGGGAGCAUAAGCCAUGAGACUAAGGGAUUUUAAUAAAAGAAAAUGGUAUCGGUAUUAUUUAUUAAUGCUUAGAAGAACAAUGGCCUAAUUAUCACUAACUUGUAAUGUGUGUUCCUCAAAAAUGAACAUUCUUAGAAGUGUUUUUCGUAUUCAUUACGGUAACUGCAAAAUUUAAAUAUAGUUAUACUAUUAAGUAAAUGUCAAAUUAUAUGUAUUCUAUUGCAAGUUAAUAUACUGUUGUAUAAGAUUGUAACAUUUUAGAUUAAAAAUAUGUUAAUUGCACCUUAAAACAGAAUAAAAUACAGAGAAUGCAGUACAUUUGCAUGAUUGGCCAAAUGUGUAAAUGGAUUGUGUUCAGAAUGUUUAGAUUUUUUCCCCAGUCAUUUGUGUAUUGUUUAUUUGCAUAGCAAAUAUGGAAGGCUGUUUAUGCUUGAAAUAAGGGAUUUUUGUAAUAAUCACUUUAAGCCUUAAUUAUAAUUUUUAUUUACAUACUGUCCAUGAAUAAUCUUUUUAAGAGCUUUAUUUAAUGAAAUGUUCUUAAAAUAGUUUUCAAAUGAGAUUACACUUUCAAGAAUUUACUUGCUUACUUCAUAUGCAUAAUCCAUGUUUUUAAAAAGUGUAGAAGAUUCACUAAUGAUGUAAGAGCUUCAUUAUUUCUUAUUAGUAAAAACCUUUGAACUAAUAUAAAUAACAGUAUCGUAAUAUUGAUACAGUUCAGCUUUAUAACAUUGUUUCAGCACAAUUUAUUUUUAUAGGAUUACCAUACAGAUAACUAUUUUUAAUGCAAAGUGAUUUUUAGUUUAUUUUUCUCUAAUAUAAUUUGCUUUACCUUCCCCUUCAAAUGAAGGAUCGUCAUCUGUCAAACUAGUAGAGCAUUUUAAAUGAAUAAAUGCUACCAAAUAAAGUUUCUUUUCUGUA